AGUCUCAUGCUGGACGUUUCAUUUUCAAUAAUUUCGCGGGAAUAUCCAGUCAGUGCAAAAUGUAGCUUUUAAACUGUGUCAGUGGCUACAUUUUUAUCUGACUUUUAGCUGGCAUUUUUCGUUGCAUUGCCAUGGAUGCGGAUCGCUUGUUGCGGCGCUUUGACGGGCGCACUCGCUUGCUCUUCCAGUCGCUGCUCUCUGGUGUCCAAGGAAGCAGCAGAGCCGUGCGGCUGUUUCACCGCCAGCGGCGCUCCGACCCGGACAUCUCGUUGCGUGCUUGUCUGGACACCUUGUGCAUGGAGGAACCGCAUGUCGGAGACAAGCUGAAUUUAUCGUUAACCCCAUUGGUCUGUCUGUUCCCUGUUGCGUUCAAGUGUGGUCUGUUGUCCUUCCUCCAUCUGAUCUACCCCCUGGUCCCUGGGACCUGCCUGAUUCGGCUCCUGGACUGCCUUAAACAGGAUCCUGCCCAGGAUCCCUGGAUCCAUGUCUUGCUUGCUCAGCUCUGCCGGGACCUGGGCCUGGAUGAUCCCCUGGGAGGUGAGCUCUACUCUGCACAUUGUAGGACCAAACUGGAGCAGCUCUGUCAGAGACUGGGCAAUUCUGAGCACAGUGCAUUGAGCCUGGGGAGUGCCUUUGAUGGCGCGUCCCCCACAAGAUCUUCCCAGGAGCCUGUGGGAGAGCCAGAUCUUCAGCUGCAUGGAAAGAGGAGAAAUGAGGCUUCUGAGGUGGCAGAGAGCCAGAGUAAAAAAAUGCGACUGGACCUCCCUGCCACCCAAGAGGAUGAUGGGAAGAAGGAGGCACUGCCAUCGCAGGCCCAAGACGUCGUGCAGGAGGCAGCAGCACGGACUGCAGGGGACGUUCGCAUGCUGGACUUCUGGGAGCCUCAGCAGUCAUUUCCUGAAGGUACCAGCGUGCUGCUGCCUGAGCACAUUAGGGCUUCUGUUACUCGAAUCAAAGAACUUUUGGAGACUACAGGAGAGUGGGUCAAAGACUCUGCCUCAGUUCUUGAAGUACUGAUGGAAUGUGAACCACCCCAGGUGGAGCUGCUGUGCGCAGAGCUACAGCUGUCAGAGAUUCCGGAACAGACCCUGCCGCGUCUUUGCAGUGGCCUGCUGUCUCUGUGCCCCGACCUUAGCCAGUGCACGGCCACUCUGCUCACCAGGAGCCUCUUUUUCAAAAAAGUUCUCUCACUCCGGGAUCCGGCCUCUCGCUCCCUGCUCUCCGCAGUGACCUCAUUUGGCCGCCGCUACCCCAGGCCGGCCUGCUCUGCGCUGAUCAGCCCUAUUUUACAGUCAGGCCAGAUCAAAGACAGGUUCCAAGCUGAUCUGCUAUGUCGACUGAUUGAGGGCUGCCUUGAGCCCCAGUAUCAGCUGCUGAUAUUUGGGGAGAUGCUUGUGUUGAGCUGGAGUGAGGAGGUCCUGUCAGUAGUGCACUCCCUGCUGGAUUCCAAGCUGGAGCUCACUGAAGAGUUAUUCUCCCAGUUUAUCACUCGUCUGCGCCAGCAGGCGCCUGACUUCACCAAGUCCAUGACGUUUGCCAAGAUGGUGAUGGGUGUCCUUAACAAGUACCCCAGAUUUGUGAGCCCACACAAGCACAUGCUCUCCUGCUGCCUGGCUUCCCAUGAGACCUUCCUGAAAAAGUCUCUCCUGGCUGCCCUGAAGCGGAUCGAUCCAUCCUGAUCGCAGAGGGGAGUUUCAUUUCCCAAGAGACAGCUGAUCCACCAUAAACCCACUGUGUGCUCCUAACUUUCACGAUCGAACAAUUCUGAAUGCACAGGGAUCUCCAGCUGCUCUGUAGUAGAUCAAUGUCUGCUUGGUUGUUCAAUGGUUUCUAAGGCAGAAUUGAUUGACUUUGCUAUAAAUAUCCAUUCAGUGUACUUUCUCACUCUUUUGUAUUUAUGACUUUUUUUUUAGGAUGCAAAAAAAAGGUUUUACAAAGCAUUAAACCCGAAGGGGACAGCAAAGGGAAAAGGCACUCCUGCUGGACAUCAGACACAUAGAUGCAGUCUAAUGUGUCAGAAUAUCUUAUAAGUUCUGCUAAAAACAAAGAAAUUCAAUAUUUUGUCAUAGUAAAUAAAGCAUGAAGUAUAUUGUGUGAAAUAACUCUCAUCAGCAAUAUAUGAGUUACUAUGUAAAGUGUGUAAAUAAAAUUAGUCUAUCUAGAAUAUUUUGGAUUAUUGCAGUAAAUACUUGUAUGCAAAGAAGUCACAGAAUGUAUAUAUCUACCUGUUACAAGAAACAAAGCCACAUUUUACUAGAAUAAAUCACACACUACAAGAUCUGCGUAAACCAUU